AGUAUGCGAGCACCGUCUGACGCCUAGAGUAUCCGUCGCCGCCCCUCCCCGUUCAGCCCCCUCCGCUCGCUCCGGAGAUCGGCCAUGUUGCCUCUCGCGCUUGUUCCGGUAUCCGACACGAGCGUUUGAGCAGCUCGGCCGCAGUACGACAUCGAUCCGCCUCCACUGAAACCCGUUUCACCGCAGCCCCGAAGCCAACCAUGGAUUUUACUACCUGACUGGAUGAUUGUCUUUGGACGCGAGCCAUCAGACGUUUCCUUUCAUUCAAGAACCGUUUGUCACCGGGAUCCAGAGAGUGGCGGAAGACGGUUUCUUGGAUCAUGAGGGUUUCUCGGGAUUGAUGAUUUUUUUUUUAAACCCAGCUUACGUUUGCUAGUCCUUCAUUAUUAGCCCUCAUGGUUGAUUUUCUUCACAACCGUGUUUAGUCAAGCGACGCUUGUUUUCGUUUAUCUCAAACUGGCGGUUGAGGUAUUUUCACCUUUUGUUGACACUUGUUUUUGAAGGUCGGUAAAAUUGUGAUUUUUGGUUGGCCUAGCACUUAAUAUCGCUCGCAGAGAGACCCUUUUCGUGUGCUCAUUCCCCAUGACUGUCAUUUUCAGACCUGGGAGGGUAUGAAUGGUUUUUAAACUCUCGCUUAUUCGGUUGGGAAGCAAAUAUAAGUUGUAAGUGAGCUCCAUCUCCCCGAGAAGACUUAAAGCCCUUCAUAAAUCCUCCUCAAGGACCUGUUCUUUAUUUUCAACUGGAGACUUCUUAAGUUAUUUUAUCUCCACAUAUGGACUGAUGUUGGGCUUCAACUUGUUGAUCUCUGUCUGCGUGGCUAGUUCAGGCUAGCUAGCAACACUGAUUAUUUCUGUCAGAACAGACGAGUAGCCUCUAACGACAAACUUAUAAAUGCUUGUCAACCACUGAAAACACUUUUCCAUUUAUAUUUCCCCCUGUGGCCCUGUUUUUGAGAAUCCCUGGGCGAAAAUGUCAACCCGGCCGCAAGGAGCAGGUGUUAUUGAGAAUUCAUCCAGCCAGACCCACUCUGAUGCCAAAGGAGGAGGGCGUCCCAGUGUGUCACGUAGUCGGAAUGUGGUGCCGACUGUGGAUGAAAACCCCCACAUAGGAAAUUACAGACUGCUGAAGACCAUCGGCAAGGGCAACUUUGCCAAGGUUAAACUGGCCAGACAUGUCCUCACUUCUAAAGAGGUAGCAGUGAAAAUCAUAGACAAGACACAACUCAACUCUUCUAGUCUUCAGAAACUCCUCCGAGAAGUGAGAAUCAUGAAGUUUCUGAAUCACCCAAACAUCGUGAAGUUAUUUGAGGUGAUCGAGACAGACAACACGCUGUAUUUAAUAAUGGAAUAUGCCAGUGGAGGCGAGGUUUUUGAUUACCUUGUUGCUCACGGGAGGAUGAAAGAAAAGGAAGCGCGUGCCAAAUUUAGACAGAUUGUCUCAGCUGUGCAGUAUUGCCAUCAGAAGUGUAUUGUACACCGAGAUCUCAAGGCUGAGAAUCUUUUACUGGAUGCUGACAUGAACAUAAAGAUCGCUGACUUUGGUUUCAGUAAUGAGUUUACGAUGGGCAAUAAAUUGGACACGUUUUGUGGGAGCCCACCAUAUGCCGCCCCUGAACUCUUCCAGGGCAAAAAAUAUGAUGGUCCAGAGGUGGAUGUGUGGAGUCUCGGGGUCAUACUUUACACGCUGGUCAGUGGCUCGCUGCCUUUCGAUGGACAGAACCUGAAGGAGUUGCGAGAGCGUGUGUUAAGAGGGAAGUAUAGGAUUCCUUUCUACAUGUCCACAGACUGUGAGAACCUGCUGAAAAAGUUUCUCAUCCUCAAUCCUACCAAGAGGGGAAGUUUGGAGCAGCAGAUCAUGAAGGAUCGCUGGAUGAAUGUAGGUCAUGAAGAUGAUGAACUGAAGCCUUACUUUGAACCUCAACCUGACUACAAAGACCCCAGGAGAACAGACAUAAUGCUUCAGAUGGGUUUCAGUCAAGAGGAAAUAGAGGAAUCUCUCAUCAAACAAAAAUACAAUGAAGUCAUGGCAACCUACCUGCUGCUUGACUAUAGGAAUUCAGAGCUUGACGAGGGUGUCAACUUGUCGCUAAAGCCACGCCCAGGAAGUGACCUCACGAACAGCAAUGGCCCUUCUCCACCUCAUAUGGUACAGCGCAGUGUGUCAUCCACUCAGAAACCUGUCAGAAGAUCAACAGAUCAGGGCUCACACUCGAAACGGCCUCAGGGAGAAAACAAGCAUGGAGUGGAGGAUUCUGGGAGGAAAGGUUCAAGUAGCUCCACCAAAGUUCCACCCAGUCCAGUUAUCUCCAUUGAACGCAAAAAGAGUUCCACUCCCUCUACUAAUAGUAUCCUGUCCACAGGCACAAGCCGCAGCAGAAAUUCCCCCGUUUCUGAGAGAGCCACUCUGGGAGUGCAAAACGGCAAGGACAGCCUAAACACCCCCGGGUCCCGUGCCUCCACGGCCUCAGCCGGUGCCGUGCUCUCCUCAUCUUCCUCUUCCUCACGCACCCGCCAUCACAAGUCCCUCUCCACCUCCGCCCAUCCCUGCCCCGCAGACCUGCACUCACACCGGCCCAGUGAUCCCCCACAGAGAGCACCUGGUGCCUCCCCAUCAGCCCACAAUAUCAGCAGCGCAGCUGGGACGGACCGUACCAAUUUCCCUAGAGGGGUGCCCACCCGCAACACCUUCCACCUCGGCCAGCAGCGGGGCGCACGGGACCAACAGGGUUCUCCUUACCACGGAGCCCCCGCCUCCCCUUCCCUCUCCCACGGCAACAGCCAACAACGACGACCCGCGGCUUCCGGCAUCUUCAGCAAGUUCACCUCCAAGUUUGUGCGCAGAAAUCUGUCACUCAGAUUCCCCAGAAGGAGCCCCUAUGAGGGAGAGGGUCAAGAGGAGGGGAUCAGAUCUAUGCUCAGCAGUGCAGAGAAGUCGGAGAAGACCAGCGUAGGGCUGGAAGACGACAACAAAGACUCUUCCUCCUCCCCGGGGGGCGGUACUCCUCCAGCCGCUCCCGUGUCCUCGCUUAAAGACCAGGCGAAGCCUCGCUCCCUCCGCUUCACCUGGAGCAUGAAGACCACGUCUUCCAUGGAGCCCGGUGAGAUGAUGAAGGAGAUUCGGAAGGUUCUCGACGCGAACAGCUGCGAGUACGAGCUGCGCGAGCUCUACAUGCUGCUGUGCAUGGCCGGUAACCCCGCCCGUGACGACUUCGUCCAAUGGGAAAUGGAGGUGUGCAAGCUGCCCCGCCUCUCACUUAAUGGUGUGCGCUUCAAGAGGAUAUCUGGGACGUCUAUUGCCUUCAAAAACAUCGCCUCCAAAAUCGCCAAUGAACUGAAACUGUGAGAGGAGAAAGAGAUGAGAAAAUACAAGUGAAAAGUAGCAUAUUAAAGAGUCUCUGAACAGGGAUGAGUGAGGAUCGUAUUGCUCAAACACAACCUGCUGGUAUGGGUAGGUAUAGAGAGAGAUAAAAGAUCAGAUUCAUACAAACGGGGGGAACAAUAGCACAUUCCUGCUCAUUGAGGAGUUUUGGAAGAGUAAACUCUGCAGGUUCUUGGUUCAUUGUCCUGAAUAUGUUCAAUUCAGAGAGGCGACAAGUUCGCAACAUGGUUUGUUUCUGCUGAAAAUUAAUUUUGAACUAAUUUCGUACACUCACAGUCUCACACACAAAUGCACCUAUUGCCUAUUGAAACGGACAGAGCUUAAAACGCCAAACUUGAAAGAGGGGUGGCCAUUGACGUGAGAAACUAAAGUAUUCACAGGGUGGAGGUGGGCAGUUUGGGACUGAUGUUUGUGCCCCCUUAAGAGAGACACUCUCUCUCUCUCUCUCUCUCUCUCUCUCUGUUUAUUUCUUCCUCUUAUUCCAUCGACAGGGUUACACCUCACCAUUGUUCAGUAAGGGCCAGAACUUGAUCAAUAUUGAGAAAACUGUAAAUUCUAGGUUAAGGUGAUUCUUAAUCGGCUGGGUUUAGAUUUGCUGCACUGGAAUGGGUGAAUUUCUGUUGCCUUUUUAUUUUCUUAUAGAAAUUAAGUGUUUCAUUGUUGUAUUUACCAAUGAUUAUGUUUUAAUAUUAUUCCUAGGAAAAACAAAUUAUUUUUAUUUUAUUUUAUUUGUGGUCUCGUGUUAUUGAUCGUGCUAUGCCUUUGUAAAAAGAAUGUCUGAAAAAGCACCACAUGACUCCCAC